UAACAGAUCCAUUGCAGAUCUUCCAAAUUACAAUGAUCUUUUGUAACUUGUUAGUUUUGGAAACUUUUUUUUAAAUUCUGCACUUUUUCUUCGGCAAGGACUGCACUUAUAGACCACUGAAGAGGACCUUUCUGCAUAUUUUGCCAAUGGAAACUCUUUGUCCUGCUCUGAUAAUGGUUUGCUGUGUGUUGGUGCAGUCUGAGCGCAGCUGUGAUCAGACACAGUUCUUGCACCCUAAUGGUUCUUGUGUUACGUGCCCUGUGUGUAAGCCGGGAGAACAGUUGUCAGAGGAUUGUGGCUUUGGAGAUGGUGGGGAAGGAGUGUGUAUUCUGUGUGAGGACGGGACAUUCAGCUCAGAUGAAGGUGUGGCUCCUUGCAGAAGAUGCAACCAGUGCAGUCGGCUGAACCGUCAACUAGAGGCUGCGUGCUCACCCACCAGUGACACCGUCUGUGGGGAUUGUCUCCGAGGGUACUAUGAAGUGAGGAGCAUGAUUGGGGAAGCAGAGCUACUUUGUGUACCUUGUCAUAGCCAUGACAGAGUCCAUGAAGAGUGUUUGCUCCUCACUGCAGAAGACCCAACAACACAGGAUGCCGUCACGUUCCCUGAAGAGAAGGAGCAGUCUCCGGAACACUGUCCCUCGCCUGAUGGACAUUUGUCUGCAUCAAACCUUCAGUACAAACCUCUGUCCAGACAGACUAGGAUAACAGCAACACAACCAAUCAUCCUGUCAGAGACUGUGUCAGCUGAAGAUUCAGAAAGAGGCCUAAACUCAGUGAGCCAUGAAAGUGAGCUGCAUCCCACUUCUAUUGUGAUUAAUGUCUCCACCAACAUCAAGCCCUGCAGUUGGAGGAAAGACAUAACACUGGAGCAACAACAAAGCUUCACAACAGAGGAGAUGGAGCGAAAACUGCAGACAAUAUGGGAGAUUGCUGAAGGUCAGAGUAUUGAGAUGCUUGACUAUGACUCCGUCCAGGACUUGUCCCUGCUGCUCAACUCUGCUGAGAAUAACUACAUUUAAAGGAGACUUGCGCUUUCAUUAGGUGUGCCCCCUCAGGUCACUCCUCACCUCCAAGGCUUCCAGGACCUCUUCCAGUAUCUGCGCACCUCCACGUAUACACAGCUGCCCCAGCUGGCCCAGGCUGCUGCCCUCUUGCCUCAUUUUGAAGUUGUUUCAAGGAUACACAGGGCGGUAGUGAACACGAGACCACUCAGACCCUAGAAAAACUAUUCCCAUGGCUUGGACUUGUUAUAGGAUUUUUUUCUGCUUUACGUUGCAUACUUAAAUCCUUAUAGAUCACCCCAUAUUUGUUUUGAUGGAACA